AAUAUAAUUUACUAGAAUUAAUGGCAGUAAUGUAUAUAAAAAUGUUAUUUCCAAUGUUACUAUUACUGAUGGGUAUGUGUGGGCCCGCAUCGGGUGAUUGGGUGGAAGUCUGGAGGGAUGACUUUAACGGCAAUUCGUUAAACUUGAGUAAUUGGAAGUUUGAAACAGGAGGCGGAGGCUGGGGCAACAACGAGCUCGAGUAUUACACUAAUGGCCAGAACGCGGACGUAUGCAACGGCUCGCUCACUAUAACGGCAAAGGUGGAAAAUGUCGGUUGUGAAAAUUUCACAUCAAGCAGGCUUAAUUCAAUACCAUCGUGGACGUACGGGUAUUUCCAAGCCCGGGCUAAACUGCCUAAAGGCAAAGACCUGUGGCCCGCCAUUUGGCUUUUCCCACAGAACAACACAUACGGCCUUUGGGCGGCCAGCGGUGAGAUCGACAUCAUGGAGUACAAGGGCCAAGUGGUUGACACAAUUGAGGGUACUAUAUGGUACGGCGCAAAGUCACCGAACGAGGUAUUUAUGGGCAGCGGCCACAAGUCAUUUCCUAUUGACUUUAGCGCCGACUAUCACGUGUUUGGCAUGCAGUGGACUAAUACGUUCAUCAGUUGGCUGCUGGACGGCCAACAAUACUACUCAGUUAGUAUAAAUGGUAACUUGUCUUCCGGUGCCCCGUAUACGGCCAAUGGCCAGCCCUUUGAUCAACCUUUUAAUUGGGUUCUGAAUGUUGCCGUCGGCGGCAACUAUUUUCCGGUCAGUUGUUACGGUCCGGUCGUCACACCAGCGCUGGCCAGUCAAUGGCCGCAACCAUAUAUGCAAAUUGAUUACGUGAGUGUUUCGCAGUGGCAAACGAGUGACGCUGAUAUUGUAAGCAAUGAAAAUGUUGACACUGGAAAGGGCGGUCACAUGUACUCCGCUAUUGGUAUCGCAGAGACAUUGAUAGCUAGUGGACAUGAAGUGUGGUUUACUGUCAAUAGUUGCUGGUCGGGACAAUUGACAAGAUAUGGCAUCAACGAGGUAUUGUUGGACCAAAUGGACUCACCUUUAGGUACAAGUAUAGAACAUACGGUCAAAGGUAUGAAAACGCGCGAGGUACUAAGCGGCGCAUCGCCAGCUCAGAAAGCACGGUAUUGUGGACUUAACUUUGAGUUCAUUGCAACAAAUGUCAAACUCCUGGACAAACAGCUCGAGCGGCCCAUAUUGACCAUUAAACCCGAUGUCAUUGUAUUGGAUCAGAUGUUAACCGUGCCAUCAGUGGAAUUGUCGGGUAUACCGUGUGUUUGGGUUUGUAGUCACGGACCUCUUUAUCUGAUGGCAGGAUUGGAUGAGAGGGCACCACCUUUCGCAUCUGGACUGUCCGCUACGGGAGACCAGAGCUUAUGGCGUGAAUUUCGGCAAAUCGUUAGAAAUAGCAUUAAAGAGGAUUGGAUGGCAUUUAACGACUAUAUGAUUGAUAGGGGCUGCAAACCACUACCCAAAUACGCCAUGUAUAACCCCUUACAUUAUUUAAAUAUAUACGGCUAUCCCCUGGAGUUGGACUAUCAAGACAUUAGGCCAUUGAGUGCAAACUUUAUCCGCUUUGAUAAUCUUAUGCGCACCGAAAGUGACCUGACUUUUGUUGUGCCCCGAGAAUUGGUCAAUAAACCGGGAAAGUUUAUCUACUUUUCCCUAGGUCAUUUCGGUUCGGCGGAUUUAGGUCCGUUGAAUACGGAGUACACUCUGGCCGACAAUAUGUGGGGCCAGGAGUGGGUCUCACAGAUACAAGUUAUACGACACAUAGAUCUGGUCAUAACACACGGCGGCAAUAAUUCUGUCUGCGAAACCAUGUUUUUCGGCAAACCGAUGAUUGUUAUGCCUCUGUUUGCCGAUCAAUACGAUAACGCGCAGCGCAUUCACGAUAAGGGCUUUGGUCUACGACUGGACGCAUACAAGUGCUCAGAGGAAGAGCUUUUGGCUGCGAUCGAGACUCUCCUGAGCGACAGUGCAAUGACUGAUUGCUUGGCCGAAGUCUCGCGAAGAAUACAAACGGAUAAUAGUUUAGCAAAAUUGCCAAAACUUAUUGAAGAUUUUGUUCAAAAUCCGGACAAAUAUAUUAAUACUGUAUAA